AGCCCUGUGAAUAUUUCACAGACUAAAGCCUCCUUUCAUCGGUGAAACGGUAGUUGAUUAAUCGCGCCUGGCUGUCAGACAGACAUGACAUGUUCCAUUUGAUACACAGAUCGAAGACUCCACUGCUGUCAUUUGGAGGAACGCGCACAAUAUCCCAACUGAUCAACAUGGAGAAGCCCUGCAUACUGGCCACUACCUGCGGAGCACAUGGAGGCAUCUACAAAUGCUUUGCACCUGUUGUCGAGAAACACUUCACCAUUAUCCCAUACGAGACAUUCCUGCUAGACCAGAAGAAUCUGUCAGAACAGGUCAAAGCAGUGUUUGUAUGGGGCGUUACCCUGAAAGUUGACAGAGGUCUGAUGCAGUCUCUGCCUAACCUCAAGGUGGUGGUUAACGGAGGGGUGGGAGUGAACCAUCUGGACAUACCCAUGAUCAACAGCUUUGGGGUGAAGGUGUGCAACACCCCUCAUGUUGUUGACAACGCCACUGCCGACAUCGGGAUGGGUUUGAUGCUGGCGUCUGCAAGGAAGAUCGUCGAAGGUCACCAUUACACCCUAACCCACAACAAUGAGGACUUGCCAGAGAGCUCCAUGGGUAUGGACGUCAGCGGGGCCACCCUGGGCAUCAUCGGUAUGGGGAGGAUAGGAUACAAGGUGGCCAGGAGGGCCCAGGCAUUUGAUAUGAAGAUCCUCUAUCAUAACAGGAACCGCAGGAAAGAGGAAGAGAGAGCAGUGGGAGCGAUGUACUGUGCCAACAUGGAGGAUCUGCUCCAGCAGUCAGACUUUGUGAUGGUGGUGGUGAACCUGUCACCUGCCACCCAGAAACUGAUCGGUGCCAAGGAACUAGCCAUGAUGAAACCUACCAGCACUCUCAUCAACAUCAGUAGAGGCCUCGUUGUAGACCAAGAUGCGUUGGUGGAAGCCCUCCUGAAGAAAGUGAUCAGAGCUGCUGCACUGGAUGUGACUUAUCCUGAACCCCUACCAAUGAUGAAAAAAAGCAGGAUGGAGCUAAGCACAAUCCUAGAGGAAAACCUGCUUUAGCAGAACAAUAACCUACAACACAAAGCCAAAUCUACCAAGAAGAUAAUGAAGGUUCCUGAGAGGCCUAGUUACAUUUUUGAAAAUACUUUCUUUAGGCACUUGUAUAACCCUCAAAUAACACAUUUCUGUUUAUUUUUUCCUGGACAGAGGCCACCCCCUUGCUGCUCUUCCAAAUGUCAUCAUCAUGCCCCAACCAUCCUCCUGAUGAGGUCAAGGUGUAGGUCAGAGAAGAGGCAACUUCUCCCUAUUCCUCAGGAAUCACCCUGUACCCUCCAUGCCAGUUAUAACUAGCUGCCAUGCCUUAGAGCAGGGGUGUCAAACAUACGGCCCCGAAGACGAGUAGCAUCAAAUAUUUAGGAAACAUUCAUACAGUAUCUUGACCGUGUCCAGCUCGCUAAUAAUCCCCGAAAUUAGAGCUACACAGUCAGGGAGCAAAUUUCUAAAAUGAUGGAUAAAGGACUAUUUUUUUUCUCACAUUUUGACGGCAAGGAAAUACAACACUUUGAAUGCGGCCCUCCGGUGUCCUCGGGGUGCCCCCCUUCCAGCAUUGGGGAACAUCCCGCGCCAUGUCUAUUUCUAUGGGCACAAGCAAUGUUCAUGACACAAACUGUUCACACCCCUCUGGUUGGUGGAGAGAAUUUUGCAGGUUUAAAGCUUAUUUCCUGCAAUUCAACACAUUCUGUCAUGGGGUGCAAUAAAAUGUUGCAGUUUUAAAGCAAAAAUAUUCUUGCAUUUCCGUACAUUUUGCCAUGUCUAAUGUGUAUACAUGUGAUAUUUGUGUGAUAAAAAAAUGACCACAAUAUUUAUGGGAUAAAAAAUAAUAAUAAAAAAAACGUUAGCUGACAUGGGCUAGUUGAUCUGGACAUUUCUGACCAGUUAUUUAUACAUAGCUCUCUAAGGUCUGCAAUCACACAUGACAAGAGGAACUGAUGAUGCACCACCCAAUUUCACAAUUGCAGCUUGUGCAUUCUACUAUUACAACUUUCAAAAGUAAGUUUAAAGCCGGACUGAAUUCCUUUAAAAAAUAAAUAAUAAUAAUAAUUGGGGGGGGGACCCCCUCCCUCCCCCUGCCGACCUCUCAGUUUGGGAACCAUUGUUGUAGAAGACCUGCCUUAGAGGGUCCUAACUUCCACCAUCACUGAUCUAGCAGAAUGUGGAAGGAAGGAGGACGGGGAUGAAGGAAAGGAGAGGAGGAAAAUGAGAUAAUCAGUAUUGGUGACUUAGCCACCACAAUGCAGCAGUGUCACUGAUCAGAGAAGUCUUCGCCAUCCACAUUAAUAAGCACCAAAUCAUAGCUCCGCCCUGGAAAAUUCUCUAGAAGUUAUGACACUAUAGAUAAUAGAAUGUUGGAUAGAAAUUGAAUAUAUUGCUUCUGAAUGGUGAAUAUGCCUUCUCAGACAUGGAAAUGUACUGUAAUUUAUAUCACUUCAUAUUGACUGUUGAUUUAACUAAUUAUAACCACUGAUUAUAAAGGUUUAGAGCAUUAUGCACGCUGUAUUUCUAACUGCAAAAAUAAACAACUUGACACACCUGUA